UCCCCAGAAAGACAAAAUCAGUGUACUCAUCCAGAAUUCUUGAAAAAAACAACUGCAUUAAGAAUAAUUUUAUUGUCUGAAAUUCUCUUUUCUUUUUCUCCAAGUCAAGAAAAAGUAUAAAAGCCGCGUAUUAAUCCUGCUGGUUUCAUAAUCACCUGCCUAUAAACAAUCCUCAAAAUCACCUACUUUUCUCCACACCAACUCUCUCAAAAGUUCAACACAGUUGCACUCUCUUUCUAAGACAAAUGGGGAAGAUCAAGAUUGGAAUCAAUGGAUUUGGAAGGAUUGGUCGUUUGGUUGCAAGAGUUGCUCUGCAGAGGGAUGAUGUAGAACUUGUUGCUGUUAAUGAUCCAUUCAUCACCACUGAUUAUAUGAGAUAUAUGUUUAAGUAUGACAGUGUGCACGGGCACUGGAAGCACAGUGAGGUGAAGGUCAAGGAUGAAAAGACGCUUCUUUUUGGUGAUAGUCCAGUUAAAGUUUUUGGGUUUAGGAACCCUGAGGAAAUUCCGUGGGCCGAAACUGGUGCCGAGUUUGUGGUUGAGUCUACUGGAGUUUUCACAGACAAGGAUAAGGCUGCUGCCCACUUGAAGGGUGGUGCUAAGAAAGUCGUCAUUUCUGCUCCGAGCAAAGACGCUCCCAUGUUUGUCGUUGGUGUGAAUGAGAAGGAAUACAAGCCUGAUCUGAAUAUUGUCUCUAAUGCAAGUUGCACCACCAAUUGCCUUGCUACACUGGCCAAGGUCAUUAAUGAUAGGUUUGGUAUCGUUGAGGGCCUCAUGACGACCGUUCACUCCAUUACUGCUACUCAAAAGACAGUCGAUGGUCCAUCAAACAAGGACUGGAGAGGUGGAAGAGCUGCCUCAUUCAACAUCAUUCCCAGCAGCACUGGUGCUGCCAAGGCUGUUGGUAAAGUGCUUCCUGCCCUAAAUGGAAAGUUGACCGGGAUGUCCAUCCGAGUUCCGACAGUCGAUGUUUCUGUGGUGGACCUCACUGUCAGGCUAGAUAAAGAGGCCACUUACGAGGAGAUCAAAGCUGCCAUCAAGGAGGAGUCGGAGACAAACCUCAAGGGUAUCUUAGGUUACACCGAAGACGACGUUGUCUCCACCGACUUUGUGGGUGAUAGCCGGUCAAGCAUUUUCGAUGCCAAGGCUGGGAUUGCUCUUAACAAGAAAUUUGUGAAGCUCGUUUCGUGGUAUGACAAUGAAUGGGGUUACAGUUCUCGUGUGAUUGAUUUGAUUGUUCACAUGGCUUCUGUUCAAGCUUGAGGCUUCCCGUCGUGUUACAAUCCCUUUGUUCUCCGUUGCGCUUUGUUCAGUUGAAUUCUAGAAUAAGUAGCAUGGCUACAGCCACUGUUCAAAUUUUGCUCAUUUUAUGUUUGGAUCAUUGUUAACAGAUUUUCCCUUCGGGGUUUAUAUGAAAAUUAAGAGAAUAAACUUUCUUUCUUUGUGAACAA